GAGGAAUAUCAAUCAUCCACUGGAACAAAUGCUGUACAUGGCCGGCCAAACACUGUCAACAACUGAACUAGCCACUUUUAGGUCGGAUUUGAAGCCCACACAGGGCUUCUGCUGGAGGUGCUUCGGAUGUCCAAGUACAAACUGUUUCUGCUGAGGCAUGGGGAGGGGGCCUGGAACAAAGAGAACCGGUUCUGCAGCUGGGUUGACCAGAAGCUGAGUGAGGAUGGGCUGAAGGAGGCCCAGGACUGUGGCAGGCUGCUGAAGGAACAGGGCUACAAGUUCGACUUAGUAUUCACCUCCUUACUCAGCCGCUCCAUCCAGACAGCAUGGCUUGUUCUGGAGGCUAUGGGUCAGGAGUGGGUUCCUGUGAUCAAGUCCUGGAGACUGAAUGAGCGGCACUAUGGUUCCCUCAUUGGCCUGAACCGGGCGGAGAUGGCUAAAGAACAUGGAGAGGAACAGGUGAAGGUAUGGAGAAGAAGCUACAACGUCACUCCACCUCCAAUUGAGGAAUCCCACCCUUACUUCCUGGAAAUCUACAAUGACCGCAGAUACACCACUUGUGACGUGCCAAAGGAGAACCUUCCCAGGGCAGAGAGCCUGAAGGAGGUGUUGGACCGGCUGCUUCCAUACUGGGACAGCACUGUGGUGCCAGAGAUAAAGCAAGGCAGGACUGUGCUCAUUUCUGCUCAUGGAAACAGCUGCAGGGCUCUGCUGAAACACCUGGAAGGUAUAUCAGAUAAAGAUAUUGCCAGUGUGACUUUACCUACUGGUAUACCUGUGCUGCUCGAGCUGGAUGAAAACCUGAAGGCUGUGAAUCCUCGACAGCUGCUGGGAGAUCAAGUGAAGAUUCAGGCGGCAAUUAAAAAGGUGGAGGACCAGGGGAAAGCUAUACCGUCAACUUGAAUGCACUGAACUGGCUGCAGCUCUGUUCUGCUCGCCUGUGUGCACUCCUAUUAGGUCAACAGGUACUGUGAAAAGACUAAAAUAAUAAUAAUAUAACAUCAGACAAUAACAAAAACAACUUUCAAAGGAUAGGUGUGAAAAUGCUGUACGUGUAAUAGUGGCCUGAUCUGGGUACAGGUCAGACAGGUACGACAGGAGCAGGAGGAAGUACUGUACUGUGUACUGUAAAUGCUUUGAUGCUGGGCUGAGUUGUAUUGUGUGUACACACUGAAUUUAAGCUAGAUGUUCCUAUGCCUGUAUAUUGUCCCUGAAGAGGUUAUUUAUUUAUUUGCUUAUUGAUCUUACCAUAAAGAUUAAUAGUAAUUUGGUGAAGCUGAAAAACUUGAACUAUAUCAUAUCCAGAAAAAUGACUUUCUAAAAAAUGCCUUUCUGUUACAUUGAUAAGCUUUAGGGACAUUGACUUGCAUUAAAACAUUUGCCUUCAGUAUUAAUGUAAUGCUACGAAUCAGCUAUUGUUCGACACAACUUCUUUUAAUAAGGGGAUCAUACAGGUCUUCUGUUGAUAUAAGAUUUAAAGCACUCUGUUGCCAGAUAUGACCUCAUAGAAAUUGAAUGCCAGUAUCUUAUUUCAAAGAUUUUGGUUAAAGUGAGCCACAGAAAUGCUGAAAAUAUGCAAAACCACUGAAAUCCAUUACUGUCCCCCGCAUAUGAGUUACUUAUAUUUUUAACUUGCCUACACAGUAAGUUUAAGCUACACAGCUCAAGUUAUUUUACUUUGAGGGUUUAUAAAGUACAGAAAAUAGGCUGAGUUGAAAUCACUGGUGCUAUUUGGUGUGAAAACUGGAAUAUGCUUUAGGCUUUUUAAAUGUUCAUAAAUGAAUGAAUCCCCUUCCAGAUUAAAUGCAACAAAUGUGAAUGGUGAGGAGCAUUUGUUUGGAUACAUUUUAAAGAUUUGUAAUUGUUAUAUACAGGCACUAUUUUGGUUUUAACUUUCAAUUAUAACUUAUUAUAAUACAUUGAUGUUCUAAUGUGAUGUUAACAUGUGAAAAACGUUACAAACCCCUCUUGAGUCUGCACAUUGUGUUUUAUAACAUAAUAUCAUUUUUGUCAUCUCAUGUUACGAUGCUACUUCCUUGUUUUGUAUCGUGUCUCGUGUCUGUAUGUGAAAUACACUGUGCAUCACUUCUGUUUUUGUUUUCCUGUUAUUUUUUGUACACUGGUCUGUAAGGUCAACAUGGGAGAAGAGAUACGGACAUACAUUUGUAGAUAUUAAAAGGAUAAAACAUGUUAUAUUUGUAAUUUCAUGUAAGACAAUUGAACGUCUUCCCCGCUGUUCACACCUUACCAUGUGAAAUUGAAAUAAAAGGGAAUUCCAAUUUUCCUAAAAA